UGUCAGGUGUCAGGUGUCAGGCCUACUUAGUGUCGGUCAACAUAAUACAUGACGAUAGCAUGAACAAUUUGCACAGCAACCGUAGUCUACAUUUAUGUAUCUUCUCAAGUAGGUGUAGUAAUCUAUGUUGUAAUUUAUUCUAUCAAAAAUGGUAUGCUUAUUAUUUACAUCAGAUCAUUGUAUGCUUUUGCAGACCUCAACUUCUACCGCGUCGUCAGACUUCACUCCUGUGCCGAUGGGCUCGAGGAGAAAGCAACGAACUCCACGGGGGGGUAGAAACAAACGAGGAGGGAAGGGGUCAAGGGACCUUGAUGCUGAGACUCAAAAUAGACUCGAAGAUCUGCAGAGGCGCCGCACAGCAGAGACAAAGGAAAAACUAGACUGUCUGGAGCCUGGCCAGAAGGACACGAUUUUGGAAAAAAUCCUAAACAGGUCUCCAGGCAUGAUGUUUGACGUCAUGUCACUGUUGGAGGAACCCCUGCACCCUGAACCCGACGGAGCUCUCCCCCACUGGUGUACCUGUGGACACUGCAGGGAGAUGGACACUGACCUAGAGAAAGUAUGCUGUCGCCAAUUGCCACUCAAUUGCAUCGGCAACAUGGCAUACAUGGCAUUUUAUGUAUUGGAUGAGGGGGUGUUGCGGCUGGCGAGGGCUGCUUGGAACGACGUUUUUGCUCUCGAGGACAGCCAAGAGCCAGGAGUGGAGCAGAGACAAUUUCGCCAUGCUGCAUACAGACAGUUUGUCCUGUGGCAGCAUGGCCGCCUUGGAGUGGGCAGACGGGUCGUCAUACCCAGCUGCUGUGUGUGGAAAGUGAGGGACACUUUUCCUGACACCAGGGGCCAGUACACGGGCUUCAGAGUUAGACGAUUAGAUGUUUAGCCAUUGUAAAUAAAAAUCUUUGUAUAUCGUUUUAAAAUGUUUCCGCCUUUUUUUAUACGACUGCAGUUUAUACACCUCAAUGUUACUUUAUAAAGUAAAUCAAUUUACAUCUGUAGCUGAAAAUAACAAACCUAAUACAAUUGUCUACCACCUGGAGAUUACCUUUGGAUGUGCGCAACACCUAUUUUUUUAUCUAAAUUUCAAAGAAUUUGUUAUAUGUAUCUUUAGUUUGUUAUAUUUGUUCAAUGA